ACCCUCUCCUCCUCUCGGUCUCCCUGUAAACCGCGCUCGGGAGUCGAGCUCACUCUCUCCUCUCUUCUCUCUCCUCAUUGAGGAUGACAUCCACAAAUUUGAUGAACCAGCGAAGCUCUCAGUCUAGCUGGUGGCUUCUGACAGUGACCCCAUAUGAACGGUUGUACCGGAUGAGGAGGUACCGUCUUUAAGGAGCACCCGGGUAAAAGAUUUCAGCUGCAGCAGUCCUGAAACAGUGACAACAACAACCAGUUGUCCAUUACAGCAGCCCCUUUGGGACCAUCUUGAAACAAAACUGUCAGAAUUGCUGGACACAUGUCACAGGUUGAGCAGGAGAUCUUACUUGUACAAAGGAAGAUGUCUGACCUCGAGUCAGUACUGCAGCAGAAGGACAUCGAGUUGAAAGCCUCAGAGACUCAAAGGACUAUCCUCGAACAGGACCUCGCCACCUACAUUACAGAAUGCAGUAGUCUGAAGCGUAGUCUGGAACAAGCUCGUAUGGAGGUCACGCAGGAGGAUGACAAAGCAUUACAGCUCCUCCACGACAUCCGGGAGCAGAGUAACAAGCUUCAGGAGAUCAAAGAACAGGAAUAUCAUGCCCAGUUGGAGGAGAUGCGAGUUUCCAUCCGACAACUGGAGGAGGACCUGUCAGCUGCUCGUCGUCGCAGCGACCUGUAUGAGGCAGAGUUGAAAGAGUCUCGGCAGAACAGUGAAGAAUUGAAGAGGAAGGCUGGAGACUAUCAGCAUCGAUUGCAGAAGGCCAAAGAGCAAGGAAAAGCGGAAGCAGAUGAGCUCAUCACCAAGCUGGAAAAGACCAAUUCAGAGCAGCAGGCAAAGCUCCAUGAUCUUCAAGAGAAGCUUGCCAAGGCAUUAAAAUCCAGUUCUGAAGCUACAGACCAUCUUCAAAGUAUGAAGAUGGCCAAAGAGCGCAUGGAACGAGAUCUCGAGAGGCUACAGAACAAGGAGGACUCCAAUGACAGUCUGCGAAGACGUCUCCGUGAGACUGAGGAUGGUCGAAAGACACUGGAGAACCAGGUGAAAAGGCUUGAGAUUGUUGAACGCCGCGAGACCAAAAUGAAGGAUGACAUCCAGAGCAAGGGCCAGCAAAUUCAGCAGAUGGCAGAUAAAAUUCUGGAGCUUGAGGAAAGUCUGCGAGAUUCCCAAGCCACAGCACAGAGGAUGGAAACACAUCUCAAACAGAAGGAGAAGCUCUAUGAAGAUAAGAUUAAGGUGCUGGAGUCUCAAAUGAAGGCGGACAUGGCUGAUAAAGAAAUGCUGGAGUCCAGUCAGAGCAAAUAUGAGGAGGAGGUUCGCGAGAAGUGCAGCAUCAUCAGUGAACAGAAGGCGACCAUAAACGCAAUGGAGUCUAAGAUGAACAGCCUGGAGCAGAGAAUUGCUGAGCUGUCUGAGGCCAACAAACUAGCAGCCAACAGCAGCAUUUACACCCAGAAAAAUAUGAAAGCCCAGGAAGAGAUGAUCUCAGAGCUCCGCCAGCAGAAGUUCUACUUGGAGUCUCAGGCUGGGAAGUUGGAAGCCCAGAAUGCCAAACUUGAGGAGCAUCUAGAAAAAACAAGCCACCAAGAGCAUACGCACAAGAGUCGGGUUUUGGAGCUGGAAAACAGGCUCAGAGAGAUUGGACUGGAGCACGAAGAGCAGAAGCUGGAGAUCAAGCGGCAGGUGACAGAGGUGACCCUGUCAUUGCAGGAGCGCGAAGCCCAGAUCACCAACCUCCAGGCGGCUCGCCGCGCUUUGGAGAGCCAGCUGCAACAUGCCAAGACUGAGCUCGAGGAGACCACUGCGGAGGCUGAGGAGGAGAUCACUGUGCUCAGAGCACACAGAGAUGAGAUACAACGGAAGUAUGAUGCUUUGAGGGACAGCUGUGCGGUGAUCACCGACCUGGAGGAACAGCUGACCUCACUGACUCAGGAGAAUGCUGAGCUGAACCGCCAGAACUUCUACCUGUCUAAGCAGCUGGAUGACGCAUCUGACGAGCGAGAGGACCGCCUGCAGCUCAGCCAGGAUGUGGACCAACUACGUCGAGAGGUGGCUGACCGUGAGAUGCAUCUUAACAACCAAAAACAGAAUCUCGAAACACUGAAGACCACGUGCACGAUGUUGGAGGAGCAAGUCCUGGAACUUGAGACAUUAAAUGAUGAACUGCUGGAGAAGGAGAGACAGUGGGAUGCCUGGAGGGCAACACUAGAAGAGGAGAAGAACCAGGCUGAGAGGCGGACGAGGGAGGUGCAAAGAAUGCUGGACACUGAAAAACAGAACAGACUACGUGCUGAGCAGCGCAGCACUGAGUCUCGUCAGGCUGUGGAACAGGCCGUUAAGGAGCACAAAGCUGAGAUGUUGGCACUGCAGCAGAUUCUCAAAGACCAGAAACUCAAAGCUGAGAGCCUUGCAGACACCUUGAACGAUUUGGAGAAGAAGCAUGCCAUGCUGGAGAUGAAUGCGCGUAGUUUGCAGCAAAAAUUGGAGAGUGAGAGAGAUCUGAAACAGCGGCUGUUGGAUGAGCAAGAGAAGCUUCAGCAGCAGAUGGAUGCUCAGAAGGCACAUAUCUUUCGUCUGACCCAGGGCCUGCAAGAUGCCCUGGACCAGACUGACCUGCUGAAAACUGAAAGAACUGACCUGGAAUAUCAGCUGGAGAACAUCCAGCUCCACCUGCAGGCUGUGUACUCCCAUGAGAAGGUGAAAAUGGAGGGGACUAUCACCCAGCAGACCAAGCUCAUAGACUUUCUCCAAGCCCAGGCCCAUGGUGGCUCAAAGAAGAAAAAGGGUCUUUUUGGGCGUCGGCGAGAGGACCUGUUGGCUGCCAUGGCUGCUCAGGCACAGGCCCAAGCCCAGGGACAAAGUCAGGGUCAGGUCUCGCCCGUGUCCUCCAUCCAGCCAGUUCCCCUGCAGUACAGUGAUAUGAAGGUAGCCCUGGACAAAGAGCGAACUCGCUGCUCUGAGCUUGAGGAUGCACUUCAGAAAAUGAGAGCCGAACUGCGAUCUCUCAGAGAAGAAGCGCUGCAAUACAAGGAUCAUAGCAGCUCCGCAAACCCAGCGGCGGCACGACAACAGAUGAUGAUGUCUGCCAUGGUGAAGUCUCCCGAUCACCAACAAGUCCCACCAAGCCUGGUGCCAUCCAACUCGGGUCGCAGGAAGGAGGUUGCAACGCCUGAGGAAAGGAGGAGGGUCACAUUUGAAAAAUAUAGCCGGCGAAUGAAAGACAGUCAGAGGGAAAGAGAGAGGGAGAGGGCACACCACCACACCGCUCACCGCUUCACAGUGGGACUCAACAUGCGCGCCGCCAAGUGUACCGUUUGCCUGGAUACUGUGCACUUCGGUCGACAAGCCGCCACCUGUCUCGAAUGUCACGCUCUGUGCCAUCCAAAAUGCUCCCCGUGCCUUCCAGCGACGUGCGGCAUGUCGAGCGAUUGCUCUCUGCAUCUUUCCGAAGGCUCGUGUCGGGAGAAGGGCAACUCUUCGGGCCAGCAGCUCAAAGACGCCAGCGGGCACAUGCACCUGGAAGGAUGGAUGAAGCAGCCCAGAAAUGGAAAGCGAGGCCAAGGCUGGGAGAGGAAAUACGUGGUCCUUGAUGGGACUAAAGUGUCCAUCUUCGAGAGCGAACCCAGAGAAGAUUCAACGAAGCCACUGGAGGAGUUCGACUUGUGCAUAUCUGAUGGAGAGGUCGAAGUUCACGGAGCGGUCGGGGCCACUGAGCUCCCCAACACAGCUAAAUCAGAUGUUCCAUAUGUCCUGAAGCUGGAGGCUCGUUGUCACACCCCUUGCUGGCCUGGACAGUCCGUUUACUUUAUGGCUCCCAGUUUCCCAGACAAGCAGCGCUGGGUGGCAGUCAUGGAAUCUGUCAUCGCCGGGGGGCGAAUCUCUCGGGAGAAGGCUGAGGCGGACGCAGCUGCUGUGUCCAAAAGACAAAUGGUUCUAUCUUUUCUGGUCCAGAAGCUCCUUGGUAACUCUCUCCUAAAGCUGGAAGGAGACGACAGGCUUGAUAUCAACUGCACUCUUCCACUUACAGACCAGAUAGUCUUGGUGGGCUCGGAGGAAGGUCUGUAUGCCCUCAACGUGAUCAAGAACUCACUGACCCAUAUUCCAGGCCUGGGCUCGGUCUUUCAGAUCCACAUCAUCAAGGAGAUGGAGAAACUGCUGAUGAUUGUUGGGGACGAGAGGGCCUUGUGCCUGGUGGAGAUCAAGAGAGUAAAACAGUCAUUGAGCCAGUGCCACCUGCCCAGCCAGUCCGAGCUGGCUCCGUACAUCUUUGAGACGGUGAAAGGAUGCCAUCUGUUUGCUGCCGGCAGAAUAGACAACGGCUCCUGCAUUUGUGCCGCAAUGCCGAACAAGAUCACCAUUCUACGUUACAAUGACAAUCUCAGCAAAUAUUGCAUUCGCAAGGAAAUUGAAACUCUGGAGCCUUGCAGCUGCAUCCACCUGACAAGCUACAGCAUCAUCCUUGGCACCAACAAGUUCUACGAGAUCGAGAUGAAGCAAUUUGUACUUGAAGAGUUCCUGGACAAGAACGACAUGUCGCUGGCCUCAGCAGUGUUUGCUGCCUCAUCCCACAGCUUCCCCAUCGCCAUCAUGCAGGUGGCCAGCAGCAUGCAGAAGGAGGAGUACCUUCUGUGCUUUCAUGAGUUUGGCGUGUUUGUGGACACGUAUGGACGAAAGAGCCGCACUGAGGACAUUAAGUGGAGUCGACUGCCUUUGUCCUUUGCCUACAGAGAGCCCUACCUAUUUGUCACCUACUUCAACUCUCUGGAUGUCAUCGAGGUUCAGGGUCACGCUGCUUUGGGUCCUUCAGUGCUGGCCCACCUGGACAUCCCCAGCCCUCGCUAUCUGGGCCCAGCCAUCUCCUCUGGAGCCAUUUAUUUGGCUUCGUCCUACCAGAACAAGCUGCGGGUCAUCUGCUGUAAGGGGAGCCUUAUCCGAGAGUCGGGAGAGCUGCAGAGGACCGGCUCCAGCAGAGGGAGUCCCAGCAAGCGAGGCCCUCCCACCUACUCGGAGCACAUCACCAAGCGCUUGACGUCAGGCCCCGGCAGUCACGACGGCCUGCAUCGAGAGCCGAGCACCCCUCACCGCUAUCGAGAGGGACGCACUGAGUUCCGGCGCGACAAGUCUCCGGCCCGCCCCUUGGACAGGGAGAAGUCACCCGGCAGGGUGCUGGACAGCCGCAGGGAGAGAUCUCCCGGACGAUUCGGGGACAACAACCGACUCAUUGCUGGGUCGGUGCGCACGCAGCUGGCUCCUGUUAACAAGGUAUGGGAUCAGUCGUCCGUGUGAAAGGGCGCCAGCGCUCCUUUUGGACAGGCCAGUGACUCACACUUGACUGACAGGCGGCCAUAUUGCCUGUAACACAGUCACACAUCAUCUUUUGACAAUACAAACCCGAGAUGUGCUUUUUGGAGGCGGGGAAGCGUAUUCCACAGUUGAAUCGGUGGCAGGGAAAACGCGUGGAGCAUCUAUUUUAUAAUGGAUCGUUGGCGUAAUUGUAAAUAGUGUUCGGAGUUUUUAUAAAAGGGAAAAGUUGGCCAGUACAGCCAUGUCUAUUUUUUUGGUAAAAUGAGAAUUUCUAUAGAUAGUUGCAGGGAGCCUCACGCCAUCAAUAUCAGUUCCUUGCAUUCAUGGUCGUGAGGGAGAGGUCAAAGCAAUUUGCACACGAAUCAACUGGAUUUGAACAGGAUGUAAAAACUUUUUUUGGUUUGGUUUGUUUUCCACGGCAAACGUGAGGUUCUCUUUUGUGACUGUAUCUCCUUUGCUAUCCACUCGCUGCAUAUAGAAGUGCUUCAUUGAAAACAAUGUUGUCUUGUGUUGUUUCCAAAGCUCAGAGUGCUGCCUCAACUUGCUCUUGUUGGUCCACAGCAUCCCGUCCGUGUGUGCUGCGACAUGUCGUGGAUGUCAAUGGUGUUGUUUCUUUAGUGCCUGUGUGACCACCUCAUCAGUAAGCAUGACAUGCACUAUUUACAGCAGCUUGAUUCUUUCUCCUGCUUGUUAUUUUCUGUCAAAACCUGCGUUCAAUAAUUAGAGGAUGUUAACGCUAACAAAGGAUUUUCCUGAUUUUUAGAUAUCUGCACAAGACAUCAUUAAAACAUGAUUGAAGCCCGCUUUCUCCCUGGCAUCUUUUCAGAGCAGGUCUCACACACACACACAAAACACGGCUGGUUCGUCUAGUUUAUUUCUCCUUAAAUUCUACAACAAUGAAACGCUCAUGGGAGGGAAAAAAAAAUCCGAUGAACAAGGAGCACUUGCAAUUACAGGAAAUGGCUCUAUGUACAGCUACAAACUCGCCUGACAAACAGCUUCAAAGUGCUUUUCCAACAGGAGGGAAACAGGUGAGGGGAAACCCCAACAGAAGCACAAGUGAUCCCUUUGUGAGAUCUGAAAUAGAACAGCUUGGCACCCAUCUCUACCAGGG